UGAGAGAAGAAAUAUAAAACAAAAGGGAGCCUCACCGCAAUGGAUGCCCUCUGUGCAAUCCCAAAACCUGAACCGCAAAAGCUUUACUUCCUCGAAUCCUUCUAGGUCUUCUAAACUAGCAUACAACUUAAUAAAAUAAUGGCGCUCUUAAGGUUGUUUUCCUCAGCGUUGUUCGCUUCCGUUCUUUGUGCAGCAGCCCCAACAGCCUCAUCCUCCACCACCAGGGUUUACUGUGGGGACUUCGAUACCCUCACAAGUGCUGCGUCUCAGAACAUCUUCAGUACGGAUGCAUGGGGAAAUGAUGGCUCGGGCGCGUCAUGUAUCAGCAUCCCCGCUGGUGACGAUAGUUUCAGCGCCACAUGGAAAUGGACCAAGAAUCAGGACAACGUUCACGCAUUCCCCAACGUCAGGCUUGUAUCGACUCAACUCCCAGUUCAGCUGUUGAACCUUACCUCUUUGAACCUUGCGGUCGACUGGUCCAUGACACCAAGCGACGGCUCGAGCAGCCUGUCUGCCAUUGGUGCAUCAGCAGAUGUUGUGAUCGACAUGUUUCUGGAUCCCAAUCGUAUCACCGCAUCUAGCAGCUCAACAAAGCCAAAAUACGAAGUCAUGGUCUGGAUGGGACAAUUUGGUUAUGCGAACGCCAUCGGGGCCAACAUCACCAAGACCCCUCCCACAUACAAGCUGAAUGGAACAACAUUUUCGCUCUACACAGGCCCUAACGGCAACGGUCAGACCGUCUUCUCCUGGCUGGCCGCGUCCAACAUCACCAGCUUCAACUUCGACAUCUCCCCACUCUUCGAUUAUCUCACGAGCCAUAAUUUACUUCCAGCGACAACUUACCUCGGGUCGGUACAAUAUGGAACGGAGGCCUUCCAUGCAACCUCUAAUGUUACCUUCUCGGCCUCGAACUUCAACCUCAAAGUGACGAAGGGUAUAAAGAAAGCCUCCAUGGCAAUGGGAGGAGUGGCGCCGAACUUGGCAUUGAUCGCGUUCUUGGGGCUCGGGGGUGUGGUGGCACUGCUCUAGACUGUCGAUUUCGUUUUAAUAGGUGGGAAGAGCAAAUUGGAGGGGCUAACCACAGGACUUAAAGUCAUAGCGCGGAGCAAAGAAAAAUUUGCAGGGAAUGGGAUAUACCAUAGACUUUAAUCAUUGGGAGGAGCUCGGAGUUUUAAAUACUUUAGGAGGCAUGUAUCACUUUCGGAUAAGCUUAUGACUUCGAACAGAAAACAUUUCACAGCUUCUCUGCUUGCCAAAUUUAUUAUCAUAAUCAGGAACUGCCUUGCAC